AAUAUUUUUUAAAUAAAACCGAUUUUUUAGAUUUUUAUCGACCUCGGAAUGACGCGACUCGAUGACACCACCCAGUGGUUUAAUCUUGUGAUGGAGGAAGACACGGUGAACCACUCCGUUUCCCACUCGAUCUCUCACUAUGAUUACGUUCCAGAACCCCACCAAGUGGUGAAAGGGCGCCGUCGAGUGGCGAGUGAAGCAGAUUUCGGACACUACCACGAAUCCGACCCCCACCUUACCCACCACAACUCCCCCGCUCUCGCCCGACAUCGUGUGGACCCCUCGUUGACCCACAGGGUCGGGAAUUCCCCUUCACCCCGCCGACAUUCACCCAGAAGGAGAGGGAAUUUCCCGUCUCGUCGUCUCGGGGCUUCCCCAUCUUCGUCGGUAUCUUCCAUAAACCACAUGGGAAGAACCCACGAGGAUUACCCAGGGGGAAGAAGGGUAUUACCCUCAGCCCCCCAAAAUAUGAGGACGUCCAAGACAGAGCAAUAUCUUGGUGAUGUUCGUACACCUCAACACCACACAACAACAACACCACGAUCACACCAUCAUUACCAACCUACAACUUCUUAUUCUAAAGAAUCAUUUCAUGGCCACGAGGAAAAUUCAAUGCAUCAUAACUUCAAGUACGUUGGUUCUUCCCCUCGUACUCGCCGUUCAAGUUCCGGGGCUCAGUCAACCGUAUCGAUCGAUUCGUCACACUUGGAUGAGCAGCUAAGCGCUGAAGCGAAUCCACCACCUCGUACCGAGGAAGUCGAUAGUCCUACUGUGAUGUCACAAUCACAGAGAAUAAGCGCAAACCAACAAAACAACCAAACUCCUCAAGUAGCAGAGAAAUUAUCAAAAAGUGUCAGCCUUGGUGCAAAUCUGCAUGAACGAAAUAAGUCACCAAACACACCACGCAAGACCACACCCACGCCACGCCCAUCCUCGCGCACCAGGGCACAAUCAACAGAGAAACCGGACAAGAAAAAAGGAAAGUUGAGCAACUUGGUUGGUAUAAGGAGUAGAAGCCAAAGCAGUACGCAAAUAAAGAGCGACCAAAAGUUGAGUAAUUCUACUCGGAGCUCAGAGUUUGGAGUCCAACCUGAGUUGAGUAGAGAAGGAAGCAGAGGAUCCGCAUCCGGAUCGCUUCCAAGUCUCGUCUCUGAAGGAUCAUCAACUGUGGGAAAAACUCUGCAAGAUUUUGUUGGUGGCCUCGGACCUGGUCAGGUGGUUGGACGACAAACACUCGCUGCAAGCUCAUUGGGCGAUCUUGAGUUGAGUUUUUAUGAAACACGAGGUCAACUGGAAGUCCAAGUUAUAAGAGCGAGGAAUCUUGUUCCAAAAGCAAACACUAAAGUGCUUCCAGCUCCUUAUGUGAAAGUGUACCUCAUGUUUGGUAUGCAGUGCAUUUCAAAGAAGAAAACUAAAAUAGCUCGCAGAACACUCGAUCCAGUGUUUCACCAAACUAUGAAUUUUGAUCCAACUCAAUACGGUCACACUGUCCAAGUGAUUGUUUGGGGUGAUUAUGGUCGCAUGGAUCACAAGGCAUUCAUGGGUGUUGUACAAGUUAGGUUAGAAAACCUUGACCUUAGUCAGAACACCAUUGGUUGGUAUCGUCUCUUCCCAACCACAUCACUAAUUGAUGCAGCUUCAUUGGGAAGCACACGCCCAGGAUCAAUGACAUCAUUAGACAGUGAUGCCACAACUUUUAGAAAUUAACGGUCAACACUAAAAAUUUGUAGUUUUUUUGCCCUUUUUUACUUUGAUUACAUAAUGUACCAGGACACAACCAACACAGCAGUUAUCUGCCUGUCUUCCUUUGGAUGACAAACACCAAAAACACUCAGCUUCUUUUACUUGCCUAGCUCACAACAAUACAAGAGAUUCCAUUUUCGCUUCAUUCCGAAUACUUUACGCUUGUACUGCUAAUUUUUGUGCAAUACUAUUGUCUUGUAUGGCUCAAUAACAACACAUGGUUCAAACGUCCUGCUGUUGAACGUUUAGCGGUAACUGUGCAAUAUGUCUUUUUCUUUGCACGGCGCUAUGUGUGCUUUUAUUGAAUUAAAUCUAUUACUCGUGGAAA